UAAUACUUGGGCACGUCUUGGCCAAUGGCUAUGGUACCACCUCUCCACUCCUCCCUCCGAUCACUUCUUCGUUGUCGUCGCGGAUAACGCGUGUGCGCCGUAUAUUUUUUAAUUUUUUGCUUUAUUUGAAAACCGCCAACACUAAUCCAAACCAACGAUGGGUGUCGACGUCACAUUCCUAGCCGAAGGAGACGGUGCCACUUUCCCGAAACGAGGCCAGACCGUCACCGUGCACUACACAGGUACAUUGACUGAUGGCAAGAAAUUUGAUUCGUCACGCGACCGUAAUAAGCCUUUCAAGUUCAAGAUUGGAAAGGGAGAAGUUAUCAAAGGUUGGGAUGAAGGAGUUGCCCAGAUGAGUAUUGGUUCUCGUGCUAAGCUGACAUGUACUCCAGAUUAUGCCUAUGGAGCCCUGGGACAUCCUGGUGUCAUUCCGCCAAAUGCUACUUUAAUUUUUGAUGUUGAACUCAUCAAAUGCGAAUAAAAAUGUACACAACACAUGCUAUUAUUACUUCUUAUAAUAUACUUAAAUAAAAAAAUGCACCUUCAAGACUGACCAAUAUGUUUUGCCCAUCGAACAACUUCAUUGCUAAAUACUAUCGUGUAUUAUUGUUUAGAAAAAUAUUAUCUUAACAGAUUUACUACUUAAUUGCCAAAAUUAUAUAUAAGUUGUUUCUAAUUGUCAAUAUGAAUAAUCUAUUUAUUAGAAUAAAUAUUACAAUCCGAUAAAUAUAUAUCUUUUUUUUCUUUUUAAUCAAACAUUUAUAAUAGGAAACAACGAUCAAUAAACAAAAUGUCUAUACAUAUA